AUGACAGCGGCUCCGUCGUCUCCGCAGCAGAUCAGGGACCGGCUGCUGCAGGCCAUCGACCCCCAAAGCAACAUCCGGAACAUGGUGGCGGUGUUGGAAGUCAUCUCCAGCCUGGAGAAAUACCCCAUUACCAAAGAGGCACUGGAGGAGACGCGACUUGGGAAACUCAUCAAUGACGUCCGCAAGAAGACCAAGAAUGAAGAGCUUGCCAAGCGGGCCAAGAAGCUGCUGCGGAACUGGCAGAAGCUCAUCGAGCCUGUGCACCAGAAUGAGGCAGUGCUGCGGGGGCUGGCAGGGGCCCCUGGCUCUGCUAACGGGGGUGCCCACAACUGCCGGCCAGAGGCGGGGGUGGCCGGCGCACCCAAGAGCAUCCAUGACCUGAAGAACCGCAAUGACAUCCAGAGACUGCCCGGGCUGCGGCUGGACAGGCUGGGCAGUCGCAAGCGCCGGGGGGACCAGCGUGACCUUGGCCACCCUGGACCACCUCCCAAAGUCUCCAAAGUAAGCCAUGACUCCCUGGUUCCCAACUCAUCACCUCUCCCCACCAAUGGGAUAGGUGGGAGCCCCGAGAGCUUCCCGAGUCCCCUGGACAGUGGCAGGCAUGUGGGUCCUGAGGGCAGCUGCCUGGAGCAGGGCGAGAACGACAAGCACAGUGUCAAGAUCCCCAUCAAUGCUGUGAGGCCGCACACCAGCUCCCCAGGUCUGGGCAAGCCCUCCGGGCCCUGCUUGCAAAGCAAGGCUGCAGUGCUACAGCAGCUGGACAGGGCGGACGAGACCUCGGGACCUCUGCACCCCAAAGGGCCGCCUCGCUGCUCCUUCAGUCCCCGGAACUCACGGCACGAGGGCUCCUUUGCCCGGCAGCGGAGCCCAUACUCACCCAAGGGCUCUGUGCCCAGUCCCUUGCCUCGGCCCCAGUCACAAGAUGUCACGCAGGUGCCAUCACCGCUGCCACUUGCCCAGCCAUCCACACCCCCUGUGCGGCGGCUAGAGCUGUUGCCCAGUGCUGAGAGCCCAGUGCAUUGGUUAGAGCAGCCUGAGGGCCACCAGCGACUGGCAGGGCCACCUGCCGAGCCCAUCCUAUCCCGCGCUGGCUUCUCCCCAGACUCUUCUAGGGCUGACAGCGAUGCAGCUUCCUCCGGGGGCUCAGACAGCAAAAAGAAGAAGAGGUACCGGCCUCGUGACUACACCGUGAACUUGGGCGGCCAAGUGGCCGAGGCAGGCGUCAAGCCUGUGCGGUUAAAAGAACGGAAGCUCACCUUUGACCCCAUGACAAGACAGAUCAAACCUCUGACCCAGAAAGAGCCAGUGCGGGCCGACAGCCCUGUGCACACGGAGCAACCACCCAGGACAGAGCUGGACAAACCUGAGGCCAAGACCAGCCUCCAAAGCCCCUUUGAGCAGACGAACUGGAAGGAGCUGUCACGCAAUGAGAUCAUUCAGUCCUACCUAAGCCGGCAGAGCAGCUUGCUCUCGUCUUCUGGCGCACAGACCCCAGGGGCCCACCACUUCAUGUCCGAGUACCUGAAACAGGAGGAGAGCACCCGGCGUGGGGCCAGGACGCCACACGUGCUACUGCCUCCAGGCCCAUCCACUGACCUCCCGGGGCUAAGCCGCCAGGUCACGCAGAACGAUCUGGACAGAAUCCAAGUCCAUCAGUGGCCAGGGGUGAAUGGGUGUCAGGACACACAGGGUAACUGGUAUGACUGGACGCAAUGCAUAUCGCUUGAUCCGCAUGGCGACGACGGGCGAUUGAACAUUCUGCCUUAUGUUUGCUUAGACUGA